GAGGUACUCGCGCCGUUACCGGCCGUUAAAACCGUCAGGAGCGGCGAAAAGAGAAAAAUAGCAGCGGCCGAACUGCUCUUGAAGAGAAAUGUCUCUUUGAUCAUGGUGGACAACAGCGCACUAAUGUCUGAGACGGGGAGGAGUCUCUUGGCGGAUUCCUCUAUUCUUGACUCCAAAAUUUCUUCCAAGGAGAAAAUAUUCACCGAGUCCACUUCAGAUGAAGAAAUGCCUCAAAUUGAAACUAGGGUGGUUGUAGUUCAGGAGGCUGCCAAGUGCGAAGAACUAUUGAAUGCUCUGGAGGAAAUUAAAGUACCUUACAUAAAGGCAGAGUCGGUGGAACAGUUUGGGGAUGCCGAAUCACCGGAAUUUGAGACCGUCUUUGUGAUAGCGGACUUCCAGGCUUCCGUUUUCAGUGACUUGCACAAGGCAGACUGCAGAGUCCUGGGGCCUCCAAUAGUAAUGCAUUGUGCUAGAAAAGGCGAGGCUCUGCCUUUCUCAUGUCGUCCUCUGUACUGUGCCAGCAUGAUGAAUCUUGUACUAUGCUUCACUGGAUUCAGAAAGAAAGAAGAACUGGUUAAGCUGGUGACUUUAGUUCAUCACAUGGGAGGGAUUAUUCGAAGGGAUUUCAGUUCUAAAGUUACACAUCUGGUUGCAAAUUCUACACAAGGAGACAAAUUCAGAGUAGCAGUGAGCCUGGGCACGCCAAUUAUGAAAGCUGAGUGGAUUUAUAAAUCUUGGGAGAGAAGAAAUGAAACUGACUUCUUUGCUGCUGAUGAGGAAUUCAAGAAUGAAUUCAAAGUCCCCCCAUUUCAGGACUGCAUGUUAAGUUUCCUCGGGUUCUCUGAUGAAGAGAAGAAGAGCAUGGAAGAAAUGACAGAAAUGCAAGGUGGACAGCACUUGCCUGUUGGUGAUGAAAGGUGUACACAUCUAAUAGUGGAAGAAAAUACAGUCAAAGACCUUCCAUUUGAGCCAUCUCAGAGCCUUUACGUUGUAAAGCAGGAGUGGUUUUGGGGAAGUAUUCAGAUGGAUGCCAGAGCUGGAGAAUCUAUGUACUUAUUUGAAAAGGCAGACAGUCCCGAGCUCAAAACAUCUGUCUCCCAACUUUCUCUGAACACUCCGAAUAGUAACCGGAAAAGGCGCCGCUUAAAAGAGACGCUUGCUCAACUGACCAGAGAGACCGACAUGUCUCCCUUCCCGCCUCGGAAACGGCCGUCAGCUGAGCACUCGCUUUCCAUAGGAUCCUUACUUGAUAUUUCAAAUACGCCAGAAGCGAGUAUAACCAAUGGAGAAACUCCCAAGUCGUCAUGUAUGAAACCAUCCAAAAACUCAACGCCUCUUCCUCCAAAGCAGUCUGCGAGAUGGCAGGUUGCAAAGGAGCUCUAUCAGACGGAGAGCAACUAUGUCGAUAUCUUGACAACCAUAAUCCAGGUCUUUCAGGUCCCAUUGGAAAAGGAAGGACAGCUUGGAGGCCCCAUCCUUGCCCCAGAAGAAAUUAAAACCAUCUUUGGCAGUAUUCCCGACAUCCUUGAUGUACACAUCAAGAUUAAGGAGGACCUUGAAGACCUUAUGAUAAACUGGACUGAAAGCAAAAGUAUUGGGGAUGUCAUUCUUAAAUAUUCAAAAGACUUGUUGAAAACGUACCCUCCCUUCGUGAACUUCUUUGAAAUGAGCAAGGAAACUAUUACCAAGUGCGAAAAACAGAAGCCAAGGUUUCAUGCUUUCCUGAAGAUAAAUCAAGCUAAGCCAGAAUGUGGACGCCAGAGUCUGGCGGAGCUUCUCAUCCGACCUGUACAGAGGCUGCCCAGCGUUGCUCUUCUUCUUAAUGACCUUAAGAAACACACUGCAGAAGACAAUCCUGACAAGGCGACACUAGAGAGAGCUAUUGAGUCACUGAAAGAAGUCAUGACGCACAUUAACGAAGAUAAAAGAAAAACGGAGGCUCAAAGGCAGAUUUUUGAUGUUGUCUAUGAAGUUGAUGGCUGUCCGGCUAAUCUCUUGUCGUCUCACCGGAGUCUAAUUCAGCGCCUGGAAACAGUUGCUCUAGGCGAUGACCUUUGUGACCGAGGGGAGCAGGUCACUCUGUUCCUUUUCAAUGACUGCCUGGAGGUUGCAAGGAAACGGCACAAAGUCAUUGGAGGUUUCAAGAGUCCACAUGGUCAUACCAGACCACCUGCGUCUCUCAAACACAUCGUCCUCAUGCCCCUGUCACAGAUCAAGAAAGUCCUAGACAUCCGAGAGACAGAAGACUGCCACAAAGCGUUUGCAUUGGUUGUGCGGCCUCCAACAGAGCAGACCAACUUGUUGUUCAGCUUCCAGAUAACAACUGAGGAACCCCUGAAGGAGGACUGGCUGAAGAUGUUGUGUCGGCAUGUGGCCAACACUAUCUGCAAAGCUGAUGCUGAAAAUCUUAUUUAUGCUACUGAUCCGGAUUCCAUUGAAGUAAACACAAAAGAUAUGGACAGUACAUUGAGCAGGGCAUCCCGGGCCAUAAAGAAAACAUCCAAAAAGGUUACUCGUGCAUUCUCCUUCUCCAAGACACCCAAGAGAGCCCUCCGAAGAGCUCUGAUGGCACACAGCAGUGUCGAAGGAAAGAGUUUCUGCACAACUGGCGAGAGUUACUUAGGGGGGCGCCUGGCUAGUACGUCGUCACUCGCCGGCAUCCACUCUCCUUCCCUGGUUAGCCUUCCAUCAGUGUUUGAAAAGAGAAGCCAUACGUUAAGUCGAUCAACAACUCACUUGAUAUGAAAUGGAGUUGUGACUUAAAAUUGUGACUGACAACUGUGCUCUUGUUGUUCAAGCGACCAGUUACUGACAUGAGUGGUGGUACUUAGUUAGCACUUAGUGGCAGUUAGCAAACUUUUAGGUAACACUAAGCUAAUCACCAAGGAUUGUCUAAUUUGUCCAGAAAACAGAUGAAGUACUGGAACAUGGUAUGGAUAUUAUAAAUUGUUUUGCACAAAUUAUCCUAUUAUAUGAUGAAAAUAUUUUUCUCAGUGUAAAAACUCCUUAAAUAAAGUGGUAUUGGAACAAUGUACUAAAUAAAUAAAAUAAAUAUAGGAGUUCCUCACAGAUGCCUCUGCUGGCUGAGAACAGUGAAGUUUGCUUUUCAAACGGGCUUUGUAUGUUUAUCAGUUGGAUGUGUUUAACUGAACCUAAUGCAUGGACCAACGUUUAAAAUACUUUAGACUUCAAGUAUAGGUGUUAAACCUGCUUUUAUACGCUGUCUAAAAGAUGUAAGCUUGUCGAAGCAUUUCUCUGCUUUCGGCACGGUGGUACUGCAUUGUUGCUGUUGGUUAAAUAGAAACAUGCAGCGUUUUCACCUGUACAAAAAUUGACCCAACCUUGUUUAGCUUAUGGGAAUAAUUUUGUUUAGCUGGUGGGAAUAAUUUUGUCCAACAAAAUGGCAUAGGCCCCUUCGAAAAACAAUCACUGUUCUUAAUUAUAUUUAUAAUCCUUGGAGACCAAUUUUAAAAGCUAUCUCCAAAACUUAGUGAAACACUUUUUAAAUAUAUAUAUGUAUACAGGCCAUUCAUGCACAGAUUUUGGUAUGAAGAUUUAGAUCUGACUUCAGUAUCUACCGCUGCUAUUUUUUUUAAUUCCAUAGGCUUUCAUUUAAAAAGUCACCCUAUUUUUCCUAUACCUCUAUUUCCUUUAUAAUUUAAACAUUUUAGAAUGAUCAAGGUUUCAAAAUAUGUUCUACACUCUAGAAACUCAGUUACUGCACAUCAUUAAUUUUGUUUCUUGCUGCCUAUAUUUAGGGAUGGCUGGGUGGAUGGGACUUUUGAUUCUUUUAACUACAGCUACUUACUUGUAUAUGUAAAUUGUGCCACCUCUGUAUUUUUUACAUUUUGUAUUGGCAGAAACUUUGUAAAUAAACUGCA